CGGCUAGCAGAAGGAUAGAACUCUUCAAUGGCAUUGACUUCUAUAACCCUCUUCCUCAUCCUCCUAAUUCCCUGCAACUUACCAUCUUCAGGUGCACAGACAUGGAUCAAGGGUGGUUACUGGUAUUACGACAGCGGAUUCCCCGUUUCCGACAUAAACUCAGCUCUCUUCACGCACCUCAUAUGUGCCUACGCAGACCUCAACUCUUCCACAUACCAGCUUUCCAUCCCUUCGGCAAACCAUAAACAGUUUUCCAACUUUACCAACACUGUCAAACAAAAGAACCCACAAAUCGUGACCCUUCUAUCCAUAAGCGGAGGAUUAGCUAAUUCUUCAGAUUUCAACUCAAUGAUCAGCCAAUCUUCUUAUAGGAAACCUUUCAUCGACUCCUCAAUAAGAACAGCCAGAUCCUACGGCUUUCAUGGCCUCGACUUUAAUUGGUUUGAUGCAAGUUCAGCGUCUGAAUUGGCCAAACUGGCCACCCUCUUCCAAGAAUGGCGAGCCGCCAUUGAAGCCGAGCCAAGAAAUUCAAACACCUCAAAGCUUAUUCUAACAAUGGCAGUUUGGUUCUCUCCAAAUACAAUUACAGCAACCUUUCCGAUCGAGUCUAUGAGGAACAACUUGGACUGGCUCCAUGUCAUGGCUUAUGCCUAUCGUUCCCCCACAAGGGCGAAUUUCACGGGGGCGUCUGCAGCUUUAUACGAUCCGGCGACGUCAAUAAGCACAGAUUAUGGCGUUAAUGAGUGGAUUAAUGGCGGAUUUCCGAGCACGAAGCUUGUUUUGGGUUUACCUUUCUAUGGCUAUGCGUGGACGCUUGUGAACCCUAACAACAAUGAAAUCGGCGCACCGGCUAAGGGGCCGGCGAAGAUUAUUGAUGCCGACACCGAUGGACUGAUGACCUAUAAGGCCAUUAAGUACUUUAUUCAGAGGAAUGGAGCCGUUACAAAGUAUAAUGCAACUUAUGUGAUGAACUACUGCAGCGUUGGAUCAUCUUGGAUUGGCUUUGAUGAUGUUGAGGUAGUAAAGAAUAAGGUUUCAUACGCCAGAGAAAAUAAUUUGCUGGGUUAUUAUGCCUGGAGAGUCACCUAUGAUGAUCAUAACUGGGUGCUUUCUCAAGCAGCAGCCGGAGAACACGGGGAAGAUCAUGGAAACACGAGCCGCAGGUUGCUAAAAAUAUUGGUUCCAGUAAUAGCCAUAGCCAUUCUUGUAUUAGUUCCUGCAACAUGGUAUCUUCGAAAGAGAGGAUCGAUGUACAAAGGAAAAGAAUCGCAAUCCAAACUUGGAACUGGGAUGCUGUCUGAAGGAAAUACCAAUGAUCCCAGCAUGCUCGUGUUUCAUUUCAAUGAUAUUGUGGAGGCCACUGAUAAUUUUUCAUUUGAAAAUAAGCUGGGAGAGGGUGGAUAUGGACCUGUUUACAAGGCAAAGCUAAAGAACGGACAAGAAAUUGCAGUAAAAAGACUUUCUAAAACUUCCAAACAAGGAUACGAAGAGUUUAAGAAUGAGGUUAUGCUUACUGCGAGACUGCAACACGUAAAUCUUGUUAGGGUUCUUGGGUUUUGUGUUGAAAGAGACGAACAAAUGCUAAUCUAUGAGUACAUGAUAAACAAAAGCUUAGACUACUACAUCUAUGAUCCAAUUAGACGAUUGGUUUUGAAUUGGGAGAAACGAGUUCAAAUUAUCGAAGGAGUUGUUCAAGGGCUUUUAUAUCUCCAAGAAUAUUCAAGAUUUACCAUAAUCCAUCGAGAUUUGAAAGCAAGUAACAUCUUGUUGGAUAGUGAGAUGAAGGCUAAGAUUUCAGACUUCGGAAUGGCUAGAAUAUUCCAAAAAGAAGACAUUGAAGCAAACACAAGUAGGAUUGUUGGAACAUAUGGAUAUAUCCCUCCUGAAUAUGUACAACGUGGCAUUUAUUCUACAAAAUCUGAUGUCUACAGUUUUGGAGUUUUACUUCUUCAAAUCAUAAGCGGAAAGCCAAAUAAUUGUUGCCACGGCUUGGAAGAAAACUUGAACCUUCUUGAAUAUGCAUAUGAGCUGUGGAAGGAAGGAAAAUGUAUGGAGUUCACUGAUCCAUCUUUGGAUGACACAAAUUCUUCUUGUAAACUGAUGAGAUGCAUGCAAAUAGCUUUGCUAUGUGUUCAAGAAAAUCCAGCUGAGAGGCCUUCUAUGCCAGAAGUCUCUUCAAUGCUCAUAAAUGAAACCAUAUCCAUGAAUGCUCUGAAAAGGCCUGCUUUUUCAGUGAGAAGAGAUGAAGGUCAAGUGCAACGGUCUCCGCUACAACAAGAAACUUGGUCAGUAGAUAAUGCAAGUAUUACUCAAUUGGUGGCUCGAUAGAGACUUCUUCUCCAAUCUUACUAGCUAGGAUAAAUAUGUGAAAAGAAUUAAAAAAUAAAACUUUUGAUAUAUAUAUAUAUAUAUAUAUAUACUAAAUUGCUUCUUUGAUCGUUGGAUUUUAUUAAACUUCUUAACUGGGUGUUUCAUCUUUUGUUGAGAAUUUCAUGAUUUGUAGUUUCUAAAGCUAAA